GCAUUACUGAUAGAUCUUUAAUCAAAAUUGCGGACAGUUGCCAAGCUUUACAAGAGUUUCAUUUUGCUUGUGCGCAUUUGAUUUCUGAAAGAUUUAUAAGUCACAUCUUAAACUCAUGCCCAAAUUUACAAAGAUUCAGUAUUCCGAGUAGCUGUCGAAGAAAAAAUAGAUGUGAUAUAUUAGUAAAAAAACUUCUUACUGUAGAGAAACACCUUAAUGUAGAGAAACAUCUUAGUGUAGAGUAUCUUGAUUUUGGUGGGUGUAUUUACGUCGCCGAGACUUCAAUUUGCAAUACCAUUCAUUCCUGUCCAAAUCUCCAACAUCUCAACCUUAGUUUUUGUAAAAUUACUGAUAUAACUAUCAAAGAAAUUGCUGGUUCGUGUCUUAAUUUAAAGUAUCUCGAUUUGAAAGGGUGUUAUAAUAUUAGCAAAGAAGUCAUAGAUCAGCUAAAUCCAAAUACCCAU